AUGUUUGGUCAUUCAAAAGCUGUAUCACCCUCGUUUGACAGCUCCAAUACUCUCCCACCAUUUGAUUCUCUCUCCCAACGAAAAUACAUCAACCCCAGAAGCAACCUAGCACAAAGCACAACAUCAUAGCAUUUUCCACCAGCUUUUAUCUCAUCUCUCUCUCUCUCUCUCUCACAGGAACAAACAGUAGAGCCCAAUAAAUACACCUUAUAAAACUAUACCACAAGACAUAUCAACUUGUGUUUUUUUCUCCUCUCCAAGAUAAACCCUUCUCUUUCUUUCUAAGGGUUUCAGUUUAAAACCUUCAAAUAACAUAUAUCUCUCUCUCUGUCUUCUUGGGUUCGCUUCAAAGUUCAAAAUCAAAACCCAGUUCAAAAGUUUGAUCACAUAAAGCAAAAAUAGUAGUUGUAAAAGAGAGGAAAAGAAAAAAAAAAAAAAUCAAAGCUUUACAUAGAAAAUGGUGCAAUAUCAUCGGUACCAUCACCAGUUCUGCAGAAAAGGUCAGAAACAUGUUGAAGAAGAUGAGGAGUCUCAAGUUCUCAUCAUGGAGUGUGGAGGCUCUGGUUAUUUUCACAAGAGAGCAAGGCCAAAGCUUCUCUCUCUUCUCAUCAUCUCUCUUCUCUCUUGUUCCUUUAUACUAGCUCCUCACCUCUUCUUCAACUCUGUUUCCACUUUCUCUCUACUCUAUUCAUUUGGAGACCCCUUUGCUGAUAUGGGUGCAAAUACUCCCCUUUGUUCUUCAGUUUCUAAUGGAACAAUAUGCUGUGAUAGGAGCAGUAUUCGUUCUGAUAUUUGUGUCAUGAAAGGGGAUGUUAGAACACACUCUGCUUCCUCUUCAAUCUUCCUUUACACCUCAAGAGACGAAAAUGAUUUUGUUAGUUAUGGUGAAGAAGAGGGAGAUGAGGUAAUCCAGCAUGAAAAGAUCAGACCAUAUACACGAAAAUGGGAAAAGGGUACUAUGGACACCAUUGAUGAAUUAGACCUUAUUGCAAAGAAAGAGCAUUCUGGUGUUAAUCAUCAUUGUGAUGUCCGACAUGAUGUUCCGGCCGUGUUCUUCUCAACUGGAGGUUAUACGGGCAACGUUUAUCAUGAAUUCAAUGAUGGGAUUCUGCCUUUGUUCAUUACUUCCCAGCAUUUUAACAAGAAGGUUGUGUUUGUCAUUCUUGAAUAUCAUGAUUGGUGGAUUUUGAAGUAUGGAGAUGUACUUUCUCAAUUCUCUGAUUAUCCAGCAAUUGAUUUUAGUGGGGACAAGAGAAUCCAUUGCUUCCCAGAAGCCAUUGUUGGUUUGAGAAUACAUGAUGAGCUUACCGUGGAUUCUUCAUUGAUGGAGGGAAAUAAGAGCAUUGUUGAUUUUCGAAAUCAUUUAGACCAAGCUUACUGGCCUCGGAUUAGGGGUUUGAUCCAAGAUGAGGAGCAAGAAGCAAAAGAGAAGCUGGAAAAGAUGCUUCAUUUAUCCCCAACAUCAGAAACAUCAUUGAACAUUGAAAAGGAGGAGCAAGAGGAUUGGUUAGGGAAGCCUACACUAGUUAUUUUAUCUCGAAAUGGAUCUAGGGCGUUAACUAAUGAGAAUUUAUUGGUGAAAAUGGCAAAGGAUAUUGGGUUUCGAGUCAAUGUUUUGAGGCCUGACCGAACAUCAGAAUUGGCAAAGAUUUAUAGGGCUCUUAAUGCAAGUGAUGUAAUGAUUGGGGUUCAUGGGGCAGCCAUGACUCAUUUUCUCUUUAUGAGGCCAGGAUCUGUGUUUAUUCAAAUUGUUCCCCUUGGAACUGAUUGGGCGGCAGAGACAUAUUAUGGAGAACCUGCAAGGAAGCUUGGUUUGAAGUAUAUUGGUUAUGAAAUUGUUCCUAAAGAGAGCUCACUGUAUGAAAAAUACGAUAAAAAUGAUAUUGUUCUAAGAGAUCCAGAGACUGUGAACAAAAAGGGUUGGGAAUACACAAAGAAUAUCUAUCUUGAUGGCCAAAAUGUAAGACUAGGCCUCAGAAGAUUUAGGAAACGGUUGGUUCGUGCUUAUGACUACAGCAUUGCUAAAAUGAACCGACAUGUUCAUCUUCAAUCACAGUAAUUUGCAGUUGUUUCACAUAGUUUAAUCUGUUGUCCUUAUGUAUGUCCCACUCUUUAUCAUUGAGUUUGUUGAUAAGCGGGAAAUGAAAGUAGGAAGAAUUCUUUGUAAAAGAUUAGUGAAAUUUGUACAUCCAGCAGCAAAAUGAGCUUUCUAGUAAAUAAUAAAACAAAACAGUUUUUGGUCUUUCUUGUA